AUGGUAGCCCUAUUCGGCCACUAUGCCUCGGCAGCCAGCAGCUCGCGUCCAAAUGUGUUGUUUAUCAUAUCGGACGACCAAGACCUGCUCAUGAACUCCAUGGACUAUAUGCCCAAUGUCAAAAGGCUCAUCGGGGACAAUGGAGUGACCUUCCCAAAGCAUUACUGCACGAGUGCCUUUUGCUAUUUCCACGCUGACAUCGACAGCAACACCAACAUCACCGACGUGGCUGUCCCAUGGGGUGGCUAUCCCAAGUUCAUUACGCAAGGCUUCAAUGAAGACUACCUGCCUCUCUGGCUACAGGAGGGCGGCAUCAACACGUACUAUGUCGGCAAGUUUGCCAACGCCCACAAGGUCACCAACUACCUCGAUCCACCGUGUGCUGGAUGGACUGGCAGCAACUUUCUCCUAGAACCUGGGGUGUACGACUACCUCAACACCUCAUGGGCGAAGGAUAACGGUCCAUGGAGCUACUUCCUUGGGGAACACGCCAUCAAUGUCACUACCAACCACGCGCUGGAUAUGCUGGACACCGCUGUCAACGGCGGAGAGCCUUGGUUCCUCACAGUCGCGCCUGCAGUGCCCCACGUUGGGAUCAAUGCCAGCAAUGGGGAGGUAUACUUCCCGAUCGCACAGCCCGAAUGGGCAGAUGCAUUCCCAGACGCGAAGGUUCCACGCACGCCGAACUGGAAUCCCACAGAGCCGAGCGGUGUGUCGUUUCUCCUGGACCUCCCGUACCAAAACCAGACGAUUGUGGAUGAGCUGGAUGAGCUCUACCGUGCGCGGCUUCGGGUCGUUGCUGGACUGGAUGUGAUGGUCAGCCAGUUGAUCGAGGCAUUGGAUAAAUAUGGCGUGCUUGAUAAUACGCAUGUUAUCUAUACCACCGACAAUGGAUACCACAUCAGCCAGCACCGUUUGGGAUGCGGCAAGAAAGAAGGAUACGAGACAGACAUUAAUAUCCCCUUCGUGUGGCGCGGACCCGGCAUACCCAGGAACGAGACUAGCAAGUCUGUAUCGACGCACACCGACCUUGCCCCGACAUUUUUGAAGCUCUUCGGGCUACCACAACGAACCAGGCUGGAUGGACAGAUCAUCCCGCUUCUUACGGAUGACAAGUCCUCGCGAGCCACCGAGCACGUCAACAUUGAGCUCUGGGGCGCCGCAGCCGUGUACGAGACCAAAGAGUUCAGGAGCAUCAAACUGCCUGCAAAUGUGAGCAACAACACCUACAAGGGACUCCGUAUCAUCGCCGACGACUACAGCCUGUACUACUCAGUCUGGUGCACAAACGAGCACGAGCUGUACGACAUGGUGAACGACUACUACCAGAUGGACAAUCUGCUCCCAGAUACAACAGACAUCAACAACGUGCCCUCAGGGACAUACCUUGACCGCCCACUGAGCAACGUUGUCGCGCGCCUCGACGCCCUGAUGAUGGUGCUGAAGACUUGCGUCGGGAUAGAGUGCACAAAGCCCUGGCUCCAGCUCCAUCCCCAGGGCAAUGUGCAGAAUUUGCAAGAUGCGCUGGAUGAGAAGUAUGAUGCUUUCUACAGCGCCCAGCCUCAUGUGUCUUUCAGUGCGUGCAAGAUGGGAUAUCUUGCCGAGUAUGAGGGCCCCACGGGUGUUAUGCAGUACGGUGGGGAUUCUUCUUAUGGGUAUGGCCAGCAGCAAACUCUGAACCGGAUGAUGUUUUAA